GGAUCCCUUAGAGAGGACUGGAUCGCCCAGAACCCUAAAUGGAGCAGCACUAGUGGGAUUCCCUAUAUAGUUAAACCCAAUAUGAUCUCCUGGAUGGAACAACAGGAAGAACUGGAAGCCCCCAGACAAGAUCUGCACCAAGAAUCAGAAGAGAUGGAAAGCAUGAGAGCUGCUCAUAAAGAUGAGGGGACAACCAGUGAAAAUGAAGAGUGGGAAGAAGAGGAGGAGGAAUUCCCCAUUACACCGGAUGGCCCUGACACCGAGAAUCCCUCCUUGCUCGCUCCGUUAGACUGGGAGGAGGCCUGCGAGGCUCUGGAAGGUAGUGGAGGCAGCGAUGGGAGCCAAAACGCCAAGUCUCCAGUGAAAAAGGCUACACGGGAGAAACCUCCCUGGGGCAGCUGUCACUCCCGCCUGGACUACCGCCUCCUUGGGGCUCCUCCCCCGAGAUUCUUCGACUGCCCUGACUGUGGGAAGCAGUUCACUCUGAGUUCGCACCUGAUCCGGCACCAGCGCGUGCACACGGGGGAAAGGCCCUUUGGGUGCCGGUCGUGCGCCAAGAGUUUCUCCCAGCGGUCGGACUUGGCGCGUCAUGAGCGCACACACACGGGGGUGAAGCUUUACCGCUGCGCCCAGUGCGAGAAGACCUUCUCCGAGAGCUCCCAUUUGAUCCGGCACCAGAUGAUCCACUCGGGCGAGAAGCCGUUCCAGUGCAACGUCUGCGGCAAGCGCUACGGUGACAGCUCCUACCUCACGGUCCACCAGCGGGCCCACACGGGGGCCCGCCCUUACCGCUGCGCCCGAUGUGGCAAGAGUUUCGGCCGGUCCUCCACUCUCAUUCGCCACCAGCGUGUCCAUGGCGACUUGGCUCCGGCCCCUGGGGAUAAGCCACGCCCCCGGGGCAUCUGGACGGCAUUUGCCUGCCUGUCAGGCGAGGGAGAGAGCGACUCAAGACGCAUCCUGUCUCUCCAGAGGCCACCAUCGUUGGCUGGGUCCUCCCUGGCAUCCUCCAUGUUGUCACUACCCCUGCAGCCUGCGUCUCACAUUGACCCACACUCCAUGAGGAUUAUGGGGUGGCAGUGGGGGGUAGAAUAAAUCUAAGCAUGGUCAGAAA